AUGGCUGAGAGUUCCCUACCUAGAGACUCUAGGAAAGGGAAGACUCUCAUCAUACCAGAAGUGCACCCAGAAGAUCUGGUUGAGAAAGUACCCUUAUCCGCUAGGAUUUUGAAUGAAAAAUUACCUAAGGGCUACCGGGCCCCGUUGAUCGGGGAAUAUGAUGGGAGCAAAGACCCGGAGGAUCAUCUACGUAAGUUUAAGAAUGCAUCUCUGUUGCACCAAUAUAGUGAUGCUAUCAAGUGUCGAGUUUUCUUAAAUACUCUAUCUGGUUUGGCACUAAAGUGGUUUGAUGGGUUACCACAAGGAUCCAUCACAUGCUUCUUGGAUUUCAAGAUGGCCUUCCUUCGUCGUUUCGCUAGCAGCAAAAAAUAUCAAAAGAUGGAUCAUUGCCUUUUCGCUCUUAAGCAAGGGCUGACCGAACCUUUAAGAAGUUACAUCAACCGCUUCAAUCAAGUGGCCCAGGAUGUCCCCACAGCCACCUCAGAGAUUCUGAUGAGCGCUUUCUCCCAUGGAUUAGGAGAGGGAGAAUUCUUUAGAGAUCUCAUCAAGAAUCCCGCUCGGAAUUUUGAUGAGAUGGUGGAAAAAGUCGCUUGCUAUAUCAAGGUAGAAGAAGCACAGACGGCACGGAGGAAAGCUGAGAGACCACCUCCAUCUGUCAAUAAGCCGGAAAGGAGGAUGCCUCAACCGCCCCCGCAACCUCUUCCAUGUGCUUGA